AUGGGAAGCUUGGUGUUUCUGGUUUUCCUCGCCCUUCUGCGCCACGGAGGCGCUGCAAAUGUCAGGAACCUCCCUGUCCAUGGCCACGAGGAGACAGCAGUCGGACAGCAGAAUGAAAUCACCGGGCAGCAGUGCGCGGUGUGCUGCCCAUCUCAGUCAACCCCGUCCUGCCCAGCUCUGGACCAGCUCUUGCUGUACAGCGGCACGCUGAACAGCCUGGAGGGACAGUUAGAACAGCUGAGGAACAGGACAGACAGCAUGGAUGGACAGCUGCAGCAGCUAGCUCAACAGGAGAUGGCUGAAGUUCAGGCCGAAAAUGACCUGAAGGCGACUGUCGAGGCACUUCAGGCGACCGUCAGUAGUCAGGACAGCAGCAUCCAGCAGCUGCAAGCAACUCUGCAGCAACUGGAAGUGACCCUGCAGCAACAGGCCAGCACGAUCCUGCAGCAGGCAAACAGUCUGCAGCAGCUGGAAGACCAAGUGAACGCUGCUCGUGACUGUCAGGAAGUGUUCAACACCGGCCACACCACCAGUGGGGUCUAUACCAUCUACCCAGACGGAGGGGGGAGGACUCCAAUUCACGUCUACUGUGACAUGGACACGGAUGGGGGUGGAUGGACGGUCUUUCAAAAGCGACAGGACGGCUCAGAGGACUUCUUCCGGGACUGGCAGGCCUACAAGACAGGGUUUGGGGACCUGAGGGGAGAGUUCUGGCUGGGAAACGACAACCUGGCUAGGCUGACCGCCCAGGGGGAUUACGAGUUAAGGGUUGACCUGGAGGACUUUGAGGGAAACUCAGCUUACGCCAAAUACAGCUACUUCAGAGUGGAGAACGAGUUCCACUUGUACAGACUCACCGCCGUUGGAUACUCAGGAACUGCAGGAGAUGCCCUGGCAGUGCACGACUCUAUGUUCUUCUCAACAAAGGACAGAGACAACGACAAUCCCCAUGACACCCACUGUGCUCAGACAUACAAGGGUGGCUGGUGGUACAACAGAUGCCAUGAUGCCAACCUAAACGGCCUGUACCAUGCCGGCUCCCAACAGUCUACUAGUGCAGAUGGGGUUAGCUGGAAACAAUGGAAGGGGCAGUUCUAUUCUCUCAAACUCACUGAGAUGAAGCUCAGGCCCAUCUAACAACGACCAAGGCCGCAACCGACUACAACACUUUUGAACUUUAUCUUGAAAGAAAAAAAUAAAGAUGGAUUUAACACUACGGCAAAACUUACUUGAACGUAUGCAUUGGAAUAUAAAUAAUAUAAAAUAAAUGAAUAAAAAUGCAACAAAAAUUGUAGAGUGGAAAUGGAAGGCAGUUGACUCAGAGAAUGGUUCUCUUCCGGUGACCUGUGUUGACCUUUUAACCUCUUGGUCACGUGACUGCCCUCGUGAAAAGUGAUGACGUAAGGGUGUAUAAGUAAACCGUCUGAAAGGCUUUCUGCUUAUUAUGUUUACCGAAGGAAAACAUUGUUUUUGGUACGUUUCCUCUUCCGUUUCAAACACUGACCUCUGA